CAUAACACGAUUGAUGUACUUUGACCAGUUAUGUCAUUGAAAAGCGAGUUAUUUUUAAACAGCACAGCUGCGCGAACUCGCUAUAAUGAACCGGAUCAAUAGGAUCUCCAAGGUUAUUCAUAAAGUGUGAGAAUCGUGUUUAUUAGCAACAGUUGUUUGAGUUAGUCAGUACACCUAGAAGUGUUUUUUGAUCGCUCUAGUAAUGCCUCAAAAUAAUGUUUCCGGUAAGGGCGUGCGUAUCGUGGAUAUCCGUACCGAUACAAUUACGAAGCCAACGCAGGCGAUGCGGAACGUUAUGGCAAUUGCCGAAGUUGGAGAUAGCGUCUUUGGAGAGGACCCCACAGUUGAUAAAUUGGAAAGAAGGUGUGCGGAUCUUUUGGGAAAAGAGGAUGCGAUCUACCUUCCAUCGGGAACAAUGUGUAAUCUAAUCGCAAUAAUGGUUCAUUGUAACAAGCGUGGGGUGGAAUUUAUAGCUGGAGAUAAGAGUCAUAGUUAUCUGUGCGAGCUGGGUGGAGCAGCAGUACUUGCCGGAGUCCAAUGUUCGCAAAUCCACAACAAGCCAGACGGAACGUUCUGCCUGGAAGAACUUCAACGACGUAUUCACCCCGAGGUUAAUCUCCGGUCGGCCACGACCGGUCUAAUAAUUAUCGAAAACACCCAUAACCUGUGCGGAGGAAAGGUUCUACCCCUGGAGUGGAUAGACGAUCUCGCGAAGAUCGCCUCGAAAUUCAAGGUACCGCUCCACAUGGACGGCGCCCGAAUCAUGAACGCAGUCGUACAGAGUAAAGUACCUGCAAAACGGAUAGCGCGAGAUAUGGAUUCUGUUUUCUUUUGUUUCAGUAAGGGACUGGGGUGCCCGAUGGGUUCCGUACUUUGCGGUACCGCCAGCUUUGUUAACGAAGCGAGGCGAUUGAGAAAAAUGCUGGGGGGUGAUGUUAGACAGGUCGGAAUAAUCGCAGCUGCGUGUCUACUGGCACUAGACGAAAUGAUCGAUCGUCUACAAAUCGAUCACGACCACGCUUUACAAAUAGCAAAAGCAAUUGAUGACAUGCAGUCCGACAUAGUACGCGUGGACUUGUCUUCGGUACAAACAAACAUGGCACUGAUCACUUUCGACUCAAAAUUGGUAACGGCAAAGGAGUUUCUCGAAAAACUCGCACACGUUUCCCCAACGGAUUCUGUCCAGGUCUGUGUUAAGGGCGGCUUUAUUAACGACGAGGAAGCUCGGUUUGUUCUGCAAUGGGAGGUUACAGACGAAGACGUCAGUUGCGCCAUUGAAAAAGUGAAAAUGGUUAUAGGUCAAAUUCACCAGGAUCUUAAGCGGAGGGGCAAAAAGAGGCCUUUAUCAUAAUAAGUUGCUUCCACAUUUUAUAUCAUUGACUAGAAAAAUAAACCAUUCAGAA